GUCACUUCAAUUUCUUUCUGCAAAGCUUCUUCCCUGCACACCGGUGAUGAAUUUCUGGGAGACAGUGCUUUGCGCUUGCCUGGCAAUCCUCAUUGCAUUAAUACUUGGAGGACUCUAUAAAAUAGGAGCAUUUCGCAGGAGGAAAUCCAAGGAACCACCCCUGGAUAAGGGUUUAAUUCCAUGGCUAGGCCAUGGGAUAAGUUUUGGGAAAAACCCUUUACAGUUUUUGGAAAAGAUGAUGAAGAAACACGGGGAUAUCUUCACCAUGCUGGUUGGGGGCAAUUAUUUACAUGUUGUGAUGGAUCCUCACACUUAUGAAUUUAUAGUAAAGAAAUCAAAAAACAAGCUGAACUUCAGUGCAUUUGCCUCAAAUAUAGUCAUUAACGUAUUUAGUUUUCAACCAACGGAAACACAUCAUAAGAUUGUGGAAGCUGGGAGCAAACAAUAUCUCAGAGGUAAAGGUCUAAUGGUCCUAAACCAAGUAUUGAUGGAGAAUCUGAAGGUGAUAUUGCUUCACGACCAAGAUUCAGGUGAAGGGAAAAGAGGGUGGCAUCAGGAGGGACUUUGGCACUUCAGCUACAAAGCCAUCUUCCAAGCUGCUUUCCUGACUUUAUUUGGCUCUGAGCCAGAGAAGGAUGCCACCAGAAAAGAAGAUGCUAAGGAGGGAAGAAGCAAACAAUAUGAUAAGAUGUUUGAAGACUUUCAGCAAUUUGAUCAGUUCUUUCCCCAAAUGGUCCUCAGCAGCCUGGAUCCCCAAAGCAAGAAGGAAGUUCAGAGACUGAGGAGCUACUUUUGGGAUCUCCUAUCCGUAGAAAAGCUGUACAAGAGGGAGAACAUCAGCGGCUGGAUUCUGGACCAGGAUCACACGAUGGCUGAAGUUGGGAUGACUGAAAAGAUGAGGAGUCGGGUCCAGCUGCUUCUCCUGUGGGCUUCUCAAGCAAACACUGGUCCAGCAAUUUUCUGGUUGCUUGCAUAUCUCUUGAAAUAUCCAGAAGCAAUGAAGGCAGUGAGGGGAGAAGUAGAGCAAGCGCUAAGAGAGACGGGUCAGGAAGGGAAGCCGUUGAACCUGUCCUUGAAGGCAAUCAAGACCCCUCUUCUUGACAGCACAGUGGAGGAGGUCUUCCGCCUGAAAGCGGGCUCUUCCGUGUUUAGAAGUGUGAUGGAGGACGUCAACCUCGAGAUGGAUGAUGGAAGAGAAUAUACUCUUCGAAAAGGAGACCACCUUCUUCUUUUCCCUUUCCUUGGACUGCACAUGGAUCCAGAAAUCUACCCUGAGCCUCACACGUUCAAGUAUGACCGCUUCUUGAGUCCAGACGGCGUGAGGAAAGAGUUCUUCAAAAAUGGGAAAAAGCUGAAAACCCGCAUCAUGCCCUUUGGGGGUGGGCCUUCCAUGUGCCCGGGCCGGUUCUUUGCUGUCAGCGAAAUGAAAAUAUUUGCCAUCCUGAUGCUCACCCACUUCGAUAUGGAGCUGGUUAAUGUGGAAGAAGAGCUGCCUCCUUCAGCCGAAAACCGAACUGGGAUUGGGACCUCCCAUCCCACACACGACAUCAAGUUCAAGUAUCGGCUGCGACUGUAAAGUAACGUAGAGAGUGUCAGUUUAAACCUGGAUUUUGUAACAGGGGGACAAAGAUUAAUGUCACCUCUAGGUUCAUCUUCUAAUGCUGUACAGUAUGUGCUUCCAUAGACAGUAACUUCCUUCAUAAAGUCUGUCAGAGGGUGGGUAAGGAUAGGAACUGAUGUAGAUGCAUGAAGCCAAAGGAUCAGCUAGAGCAGGGGUGUUCACGGGAAGGGGGUCAAAAAAGUCAAGAUGGCAGCUCCCACGAUGCAAAAAAGGGGUCAGG